AUGGCAACAACCAGUUCGCGCCGUGAAAGAAACAUCCUUCAAGAUGAUGAAAUUUUACUGUAUCUGGAGGUAUUACUAGAGCGCUGUGAUGAGUCUGAAGGAGAUAUUUCUGAUGGUGAUGAUGUUUCAGGAAAUGGUAACAACAGCACAAUAGCGGCUCUACCACCACUGCAGAAUAUAAAUGAGGACGGAUAUGACAGUGAAGAAUCAGAGGAGGACUCUGAGAGGAUACCUCCAAAAAAUAUUCCUCAAUUUAGAAAGGACAAACUCAUGCUGAGAGAAGCACUUCUGUACAGUGAUACUGAAGAAGUAACAAAAAUUGCAGAAGACAGCGAACAAGAUGAAGAGAAAAAGCCAGAUUUGGUCCGCGGCGGGUUCCAGCCGCGCCUUCCGACUUCGCUGCCGCCCCCAGGGCAGCAGCAGCAGCAGCAGCCGUUGCCGCUACCACGCCGACAGCCCGUCCCGUUGAUGCUUCCCGCGCAGCUUCAUCCGGGAGCGCCCCAGGUGGUCGCUCCGGCGCCUGCGGUCCCUCUUCAGUCGCCACCGCCUUCGGAGCUGAUGGACGUCGACCCCUCAGCCGGGCCGCCUUCCCAAGCGGUGGCUGUGCAGCCUGUCCUGCAGCCGCUUUCCUUGGGCACCCCCAAGGAGUCUGACACCGCAGCGCCUUGUCCGGCGCCCACUCAGCAGCCGUCGACGCAGCUCUACUGA